GCAGCGGCGGCAGCAUGAGGGCGGCGGCAGGGGACGUGGUGGGCAUCCUCAUCCUCUGCCUGGUUUCUGCGGCGGCCGCGCUGGACUUUAAGUACCACCACACCGAGGAGCUGGAGGAGUACCUGAGGGGGGUUCAUGCCUCGUACCCCUCCCUCACCCACCUGCACAGCAUCGGGCGAUCGGUGGAAGGUAGAGACCUGUGGGUUCUUGUUCUGGGAAGGUUUCCAACCCAACAUAAGAUUGGCAUUCCAGAGUUCAAGUAUGUUGCUAAUAUGCAUGGGGAUGAGACUGUUGGGAGAGAAAUCCUGCUCCAUUUGAUAGAUUUCCUGGUGACCAGCUAUGGACGUGAUCCAGUUAUUACCCGGUUACUCAAUAAUACCCGGAUUCAUAUCAUGCCAACGAUGAAUCCCGAUGGAUUUGAAGCUACAAAAGUGCCUGAUUGUUAUUACACACGAGGAAGGUACAACAAGAAUGGAGAAGAUCUGAACAGAAAUUUUCCUGAUGCCUUUGAAAAUAACAGUGCCAGCAUUCAGCCAGAGACUCGGGCAGUAAUGGACUGGAUAAAAAAUGAAACGUUUGUUCUUUCAGCAAACUUGCAUGGGGGUGCCCUGGUUGCCAGUUACACCUUUGAUAAUGGUAACCCAGUUACUGGCUCUUUGAAAGGCUAUAGCAAAUCUCCAGAUGAUGAUGUCUUUAUUCACCUGGCAAAAACCUAUUCUUCCAACCAUGCCAGCAUGUACAAAGGGACGGGGUGUGACAACAGGCAAACUUUCCCAGAAGGCAUUACCAAUGGGUACUCUUGGUACCAGCUGGAAGGUGGAAUGCAAGAUUACAACUAUGUCUGGGGACAGUGUUUUGAAAUUACAUUGGAGCUGUCAUGCUGUAAAUAUCCUCCAGCAGACCAGCUGGAAAAGUUCUGGAGAGACAACAAAGUUGCUCUGAUCGAAUAUAUCAAACAAGUGCACCUAGGUGUCAAAGGCCAAGUUACUGAUAAGAAUGGGAAUCCUAUUCCCAAUGCCAUCGUGGAAGCCAAAGGAAGGCCACAUGUCUGCCCCUACAGAACAAAUGAACAAGGGGAGUACUUUCUUCUCCUUUUGCCUGGGACAUAUGUGAUCAAUGUUACUGUACCAGGAUUUAAAUCGAUGCUGAAGACAGUGGAAAUACAUGACAAUACUGGAAACUUCAGUGCUUUGAAACAGGACUUCUCUUUCCCAGAGGUCUCAGAUCAGAUAAGAUCAAGAGUUGCUUCAUGUCCCAAAACUCCCCUCUACCAAGAGCUCGCACGGGCUUCAGCUGCAGUAAAACCAACCAUACACAUCUUGGUUUUAGUGACCGCUAUGCUUGUAAUUUUCAAAUAAAGUCAGGAAUGAAAAAGGCAAAGGGAAACCUUCCUGCACAAAUGUGGCUUUUCAGAGAAGGAAUUGUAUAUGCAAAAGAAUGUAUGUUUUUAUAAACCAAAUUCUCAGAUUGACAAUCAUGUUUACUGUAUGUUGUAAAAUACUGGCUUGACAAUUGAAUGUUUUACUUUAGUUAGACAUAUUUUUAAUUGUAACAGACUGUCAUAUUUUUCUAUGUAUUUUACUCUGAACAAAUUUUGUACAGUCUAUGGAGAUAACUGUAGAAUUUUGAUGCAGAAAGUACAAAUACUUUUGAAUUUUUCCAGAUUAAAAAAACAUUGAGGAUUGUACUGCAGUGUUUCAUGCAAGCUCAGGUUCCUCACUGAGCCAACAGCUCAGGUGCCACACAACUGUAAGCCAUCAGCUCAAUACUAAUUUCUCAUAAUAAAGCCACUGUUAUAAAUGAA